UGUGCCGGAAGAUGGCGGCGGCGGCGGAGCUGACGCUGCUGGAGAAGUCGCUGGGUCUGAGUAAAGGAAAUAAAUACAGCGCCCAGGGCGAGCGCCAGAUUCCAGUUCUUCAAACAAACAAUGGUCCCAGUCUAACAGGAUUGACGACUAUAGCAGCUUAUCUGGUCAAGCAAGCCAACAAAGAGUAUUUGCUUGGAAGUACUGCAGAAGAAAAAGCAAUAGUGCAACAGUGGUUAGAAUACAGGGUAACUCAGGUAGACGGACACUCCAGUAAAGAUGAUAUCCGCACUCUGUUAAAGGAUCUUAAUUCAUACCUUGAAGAUAAAGUCUAUCUUACAGGUUAUAACUUUACCUUGGCAGAUAUCCUACUAUACUAUGGACUUCAUCGCUUUAUAUUGAAAUUUUGCAAUUUUUUAUGUAAAUAUUCAACUGUCGAAGAAACAUGAGUUGAGAUCAAAUUGUAAGUUACCUUGUUUUACAGAUGGAGUUUAUUUUAAUAAAAGUUGCAAAUUACUGGCUUAAUCUUAAAGAAAAAACUAGACACUCCUUUCAGUGGUUGCCAUAUUUGGCUAUUUAUUGACCUAUUUCAUAUUUUAAAAUUCAUUUUCCCCCAUGGAUAUUUGCCCUAGUUUGUUUAUUAAGAGGUGUAAUAAAUUGUGCCAAGGAUAUGGGAAGGAAAGAGAUGAAUUUGUUUUCAGAUAUUUAUGUGAGCUAGUAAAUGUAGUUGAAAAAAAAAUCUUUUUUGUUUCCUUCUUUCCUGUAGUCAGUAUUCAUUGGGGUGAAACCAACUACUGAACUGCCCUAGGGGAAACUGGAAUAAGAUACAUUCCCUUGAAUUAAUGGUUCUUUUUUGGUUAUUGGGCUUAAUGGAAUAUGCAGUGGCUAAGAAGAAUUGGGAAAUUCCAGCUGUCUCACUAACUUUGGACUUUAAUAAUUAUUAGAUUUUCCUAAAACGAAAGCCAUAUCUCAUAGAAGGGCUGCAGCUGAAACACUAUGUGGAGAACAAAGAGAUGCUUUUUAGCAGAUCCAUGCUUUUUAUAACUCAUUGGCUAAAUAAAUAAUUAUUGAAAGCUAAUAAGUUUAUCUUUCCGAACAAUAAGAAAAGUAGAGACUUUGAGUGCUUUACUGUUUAAUGCUAUUUCAUGUUUCAGUGCUCAUGGUGAAUCUAAUUUGUACACAAUUCAAAGUUCAAGUAGGAAGACCAGGGACCUGGGAAAUCUAUAGCCCUUUGGUUGAAUCCUGUUUUUCUCACUUACUAGUUAUAUGACCUUAUAACUAACAUGUCUGUUAACCUUAUUUUCUUCCUCUGUAAAAAUUUUUCAAAAUAUAAACUGUAAGUUAUGAGGAUUAGAGGAGAUAAUAAAUGUGAUAAAGCCUAACAUAGCCCUUGGCUAUCAGUAAAGGUUAGUAUCCUUUCUCUUCUCCAGGCAAAUCAGGGUUUUUGUUUGCUUGUUUGCUUAUAAGGAAAUGAGGGUUGUAAGAGCACACACACCUUUUGCCCUAAGUGUUACUGCAUCAAGAGAUUUAAUGGUCCAAGUGUGUGAGUCUAUUGUAAUGGAUCAGUACAGUUUUUACAGGAUUUCACAAUUCAUCGCCCUUGGGAACAUUUUGAUUUUGUAAAUGGCCUUUAAAUUAGAAGCUGUAAACUUGUAUUUGCAUGUUCACAGAUUAGAGGGCUCAAGUUUAUCUUGGGAGUUACUAUCUAUGCCAGAGAGGCAGCCCCAGUCUGUGUACCCUUUGUGCAAACCACUGUCCCAGCUGGGUUUGCCGUAAGCAUUUCACAUUCUGCAAAAUGACCCCUUCCCCUAAGCUUCUCUCUUCUUGUCCUGGGCAACAGGAGGGGUUGAGCAGGAAAAGCUACAGAGCCUUCGCAUCCCCAAGGAUUUCAUUCUUUCUCUUUGGUUUAUGUCAGCUGUAAUGAAGGGUAGGGGGACAAAGAGGGCAGGCACCUCUUUACCUCUUUGCGGAAUGUUCUCUCCUCCCACUUCUACCUUGUGAGUCUUAACCCUUUGACACCUGCUAGUGUUGAAGUGCACAACAUUAAUUCAACAGCUGUUACCAAGUACUAUUAUGUGCCAGGGCUGCCCACCCUCACUUAGAUCUUGAAUGGUGCGGGAAUGGUAGAAAGAUAAAGACCUGGCUGUUAAACCAAGAAUUAGAUAAUGUCCUCCAGAUCCAGAUGGAAACAAUUCCUUCCCCCGUAAAAAUGCAGUUAUAUAUUGUGAGUCAUUUCUGUCCAUUACUUCUUCACCCUAAAAUGCCCUUAAGUCCAUUUGGGGCUAACCAAGAAAAAUGUCAGUGUGAAUUAGGAUUAGAUGUUGUCGUAUAUUACAGAAAAACCAAAUAAUGUUAAGUGGACUGCUUUUCUCUCAUGUAAAAGAAGUUGGGAGAUAGAUGGUCCACGGCAAGUAUGAUAGCCCCACAGCAUCAUGCGGGGCCAGGCUCCCAUCUUUCUGCUUCUCCACAUUGAACAAGCACUUCCAUCCUUGAGUCCAACUCAUGGUCCAAGAUGGCUAUUGGAGCUGCAGACACCAAGAUUCGAAGAAGGAGAAAGAGAGGAAGGCAGAGAGGCUCCUCCUUCUACUGAGUCAGGCCACUUGAAGGACCUUUUUGUGGAAGCCCAAUUCAGCAACAUCUAUUUAUAUUUCUUUGGCCACCCUAGGCACUUGUAAUAACAACAACAAUAGCUAACAUUUUUGAGCAUUUAGUAUGUAUCCAGCACCAUUCUGAGUGCUUUAAGUGAAUGCUCUCCUUAACCCCUUUUUUGCAGACAAGGUGACUGAGGCACAGAGAGGUUAAGGAACCGGCUCAAGAUCACACAACCAGCCAUCAAGGAACUAGGAUUCAAACCCAAGUGUCUGGCACAAACUUAACCUGUAAAUCACUUUACAAGUUCACCAGGGAAGUUCCGUUCAAUCACCUUGUGAAAUCAGUUUUUACUGAUCUUAGAAAAAAGCUGCUGUAGGCAUUGGUUAAAACAAAUGUGUACAUAACUUCAGGAAUAAGUGGAGGUGGUUGUACAUUUCAGUGGAUAUACUAAAACUAUUGACUUGGACACUGAGUGAAUUUUGUGGUAUGUGAAUUAUAUCUCAAUAAAGCAAUUUUUUUUUUUUAAA